UUCUUUUAUUUAAAGAAACACUUUAUUUAACAUAAAAAUGGAGAUAAUAUUUUUAUUUUAUCUAUGUAGAGUUUGUAUAGAUAAAAUGUAGUCAUUUCCUUAUGUAGAUUAUUAUUUAAAUUAUUUUAUAGAAACACUGCUCACUAUGGGUACGCGCAUAUGCGUGUACAAUAUGCACGACGUAUUACAUCGCGUUAGAGAGGUAGAACACAUGAUGGAACACACAGACGUAAUGAAAAAAAGUGCUGUCGUAAGUAUGGCAGGUAGAGCCACAGGCGUGAAAGUGAGUGGGGAUCAUAGUCGAACGGUAGAACCGUUGGUGAGACUCACAAUCAGUAUAGAGUUGGACGUUCGUCGUCACUCUUAUUCGUCAUUAUUUUCCAUUUUGUUUUUCUUCGACGGUGCAGAUGCGACAAUUUUGCUGUUUUAACAUUACGUAGAGUGUAAAAUCGUUUUGACGAUAAGUGUCAGAGUGAUCUUUUCUUUUUUCUCGCAAAAGUGGAAAAUGUGUCGAGAAAAUGACGAACAGACGGUGAUUGAGAGUGUGUUUAAAAUUUGUGCUGACAGAAUAUUAAUUUAAUAAGACAAUAACAGACGGUUUUGUGAAAUGUAGGAGAACAAUUAUUUGUUCUCAAGACCAGAAAUGCAUAUAAAGAAAAGAUAUAAGCUUAUCGAAGCGUACAAUAAUUUCAUGUGAAGAAACACCAAAUAAUGCCGUCGAUAUUUAAAAUUUAUUUACUCCGCUGCUUUUGAAAAUCGAUUUACACGUGUUUCACGUCUUAAGUGCUUCAAACAUUAAAUUAUUAUAUAAAAAUGUGCUUUAGAAUUUCGUGAACUGAUACGAGUGUGAAAAGUUGUAAUUCAAAAUAUUACACGUUCAAAAAUUGAUGAUUUUACCGAUUGUGGCAGUCGAUAAAGAAGUUUCGUCGAAAUUGAUAAUGCAACUCCAGAAGAAACUACUGAUCGAGAUAUGUGAUUAUUGUGAAAUAAGUGAUAAAAAUUACUUUAUGUACAAGAUAUGUGAAAUUAUUAUGCAUCUUAAUGUUAAAAACAAAAUGGAAAAAGCAUAGAUGUAUGGAUUACGGCGAGCAGUAAGAAGAGAAAAGGACAAAUAGAGAGAGAGAGAGAGAGAGAGAUUCACCGUUAAAAAUGGCUGCAAUAAUGUCUAGGAACAAUUCGCCUAUUAUACACGACAAAGAGAUUGUUCCAGCAUACGAUAUCAAGCUAGAACGUGUGCUGGGUGUAACCGUUUCCAGCAAUGCAGCCCUAGAUUGCGACGCGACCAGCGAAUUGGUUGCUUAUCCGGCUGGUUGCACUGUCGUGCUGUUUAAUCCACGACGAAAUAAUCAAGCACAUGUAUUGAAUGCCUGUCGGAAGACUGUGACUUCCCUCGCACUUGCCGGGGAUGGUAAACUUUUGGCCACCGGUGAAUGCGGUCAUAUGCCGAACGUCCGUGUCUGGGAUAUUUCCGAUCCUCACAACUCUGUCCAAAUCGCGGAAUUUUCAGGACACAAAUAUGGUAUCAACUGCGUGGCGUUCUCACCCAGCAACAAAUACGUUGUAUCGGUCGGUUCACAACACGACAUGAUUGUUAAUGUUUGGGACUGGCGAAACAACGUUAAAGUAGCAUCCAAUAAAGUUUCGAGCAAGGUGAAGGCUGUCUGCUUUGCGGAAAAUGGCAAUUAUUUUGUUACCGUAGGCAACAGGCAUGUCAAGUUUUGGUACUUGGAAUAUUCACGUAGCGCCAAGUAUAAAGAACCCGUGCCUUUGAUGGGUAGAUCCGCUAUAUUGGGAGAGCAGAGGAAUAACGAUUUCGUCGAUGUAGCUUGCGGUAGAGGAGAAAUGGCGGAUUCAACAUAUGCGAUAACCAAAACAGGCCUUUUGUGCGAAUUUAACAACAGGAGGCUUUUAGACAAAUGGGUCGAGCUUCGAACGAAUAGUGCCAAUUGUAUGGCGAUUGGGGAUAAAUAUAUUUUUAUUGGAUGCGCUGAAGGUAUUGUAAGAUGUUUUAGUCCUAGCACACUUCAAUUUAUUACUACACUACCAAGGACACAUUAUUUGGGAGUAGACGUUGCACAAGGAUUAUCCAUCAGCCAUAUGUCUCAACAUCCGUCUAACGCAAGGUAUCCGGACGCGAUUGCGCUGGCAUUUGACGAGCGAAAUAACAAGCUGACCUGUAUAUAUAAUGACCACAGCAUCUACGUUUGGGACGUGAGGGAUAUUAAACGAGUUGGCAAAUCGCACUCGUUUCUAUAUCAUUCGGCCUGCAUCUGGGGCGUCGAGAUGUAUCCGAUUGAUCCAGAUUCUAUCGGUGCAAUGCCAUCUGGAAGUUUUAUCACUUGCUCCAGCGAUGACACGAUAAGAGUUUGGAAUCUAGAGAAGGAUAGCUCGCCAUGUGAUACCUUGUACAAGCGAAACAUUUAUAGCAAUGAAUUACUCAAAGUGUUAUACGUGGAUCCAGAAUUGACUUAUCUGAAAGAUCUGGAUCUGGCUGCUGCAGGGUCCACUGAGAAGAGCGAUGCGUCUUACGACGGUCGUAAUGGCGUAAGAUCGAUAAGGGUUGCUCCCGAUGGCAAGCAUCUCGCUUCUGGAGAUAGAUCCGGCAAUAUUAGAAUUCACGAUAUUACUUCGCUGGAAGAACUAUGUCUGAUAGAGGCGCAUGAUGCCGAAGUACUAUGUUUGGAGUAUUCCAGGUUUUCGAGACACUCUCUGGAUGCUCCUAGGUUAUUAGCGAGUGCGUCUCGUGACAGAUUGAUUCACGUUUUUAGCGUUGAUCAAGGAUACAAUUUCUUGCAGACGCUUGACGAUCAUAGUUCUUCCAUUACUGCAGUCAGAUUUUUCAAUCAAUUAAAUCAGAUUAAUCAGAUACAGAUGGUGUCCUGCGGCGCAGAUAAGAGUAUUAUUUUUAGGCAAUUGCAAUCGACACCAGGUGGUAUGCCGCAAUUUGCUAGAGGCCGCAAUGCUCAAGGAAAAACUACUUUAUACGAUAUGGAAGUCGAUUCUGGACAAAAGCACGUAUUAACUGCCUGUCAAGAUAGGAAUAUUCGAGUUUAUAAUGUUACCACGGGUAAACAUAGCAAGACUUUCAAAGGUUCCGUUAGUGAUGACGGCUCACUGAUUAAAGUCGUCCUAGAUGCGUCCGGUAUUUAUGUAGCUACCUCAUGUACAGACAAAACGUUAUGCGUAUACGAUUAUUAUAGCGGCGAAUGUAUGGCUACUAUGGUUGGCCAUUCGGAACUGGUGACAGGUUUGCGCUUCAGUCCAGAUUGUCGUCAUCUCGUGUCUGCAAGCGGUGACGGCUGCAUAUUCGUGUGGCGUGUUCCGCAUGAUAUGGUCGUAACCAUGCAGGCUCGUCUAGCCCAGCAAGCGAUGCGCGCCGGCAAGAAACCACUCCAAGUCAAUGGUGAUGGAAUCGACGUGAGAUUAAAUAAUGAAACUUUUGGAUUGCCUCCACCGGACUUCCUUGAUCCUAAUGCGAAUCUAACGCCUCAGAAUGUGGAUUAUAGAUUUAGCGUUGGUCAGUUACCAUUGUGGGCAAAAAAACAAAUAAAUACUACGAGUGUUGAUGAUAGUGCAUUGCUAAGUUCGAAUAUCAGAUCCCUUGGUGUUGAUCUGCCGAAGGGACGUUGGGCACAAAGAGUUCAACAGGGCGACGGUAUCACUGUGAAGUCGGUCUAUGACAGCGACGAAGUUAUACCAUUUCCUUCAUCGCGCAGUGCUAUUGAUUCAGAUGGCUGUGUUGGCGGUGCUGGCUCAAAGGACAGCUCUAUUGACAGCGGUACAGAAACGAAAUGUAGCAGCGACUAUCGUCGAGAAGUGAUGAUUAACAAAAGGGAAGAAGAGGAAGGUGUAUUUCAGCCUUGUCCCAAAAGCAAUAGAGAAAUAGAAACUGAAUCAAAACAGGUAAUUGAUGAUAAAGUGACAGUAAGAAGUAACAAUAUUACGGAAUUGACACGUCAAUCAAGAAGUCGUCAUCACACCGACGAUAGCAGUCUUGGCAGCUUUAAAUUUGAGGAUCAUGAAAGCACUGAACACGACGGUGACAUCGAAGAUUAUUCCGAAGGAGAAAACGGAACGACUGGUUCUGAAAAAUCACAUCAUAGAUUAAUGUAUUAUCCCCCGCCAGAAGAUAUUGUGUCAAAUCAGUUUACUGUUAAUGCGAUGGAUGUUGAAGAGCUCAGAAGAUCGCAAAGGCGUCAAAAGAAGUUGAAGAACGCGGAGAACGGGCGGACAAGUGAAUUGACCGCAUCUGGCAGUCAAGACGAGUCUGAUUCAGAAGGUGGAGCAUCGACACCCAGUGCAGAGAGAAAUCCAUUAUCUAUGUUAUCUGAAGCUAGUUCGGAGGGUUUUGAUCCGCUCGCUAAACAGAGUCACAGGGAAAAAUAUUUAAAGAAUGCCUUCGAAUCGCUUAGUGGCGCAGAGGAGCCACCGAAUCGUGUAAAAACGACGAGUAUUAGCUCUCAAUUUCACGGAAGACUUAGUGGUGGUGAAGUUGGUGGUAACACCAGUGCCAAAAUACGUAAUGCAGCGGUCGUUAAUACGACGAAGCAUGCGAGAGGCGAUGUUGAUGUUGUGAAGAAACGAGAGGAGUUGCAAAGGAGAAUAGAAGAGACCAGAAGAAAAUUGCAAAGUGUCGGUUAUAAAUCGUUACUGAAAUCCAGCCAAAGCAUAUCCGAUUUGAGCAGUCGUAUACAGGAGAAGCAUCACCGUUCAAACAGACUCGGCACAGGUAACAGAUCCAGUCAACCAAAUCAAUUUUCAAAACUGAUUAAUCCCUGCAAACCUAUGCUAAAUCCAAAAUCCGCGUUUAAAUCCCAGCAAUCCACUAACAAAAUUCAGGGUAUAGGGAAUGCGUUACUUAAGCUAGAAACGAAACCAAACAAAAAUCGCUUGUCGAAAAGUCCAACUAUGUUGUGUAUCAAUGAGAGAGCAAAAACGACCCUUAGUCGUCCGUUAACAUUGACAUUGAAAAAAACUGAAAAGUAUAAGCUGUCCCUGAAUAAGGCUAAUCAAUCUUUGCCCGAAUCUCCCGUAUGCGAGGAAUUAAAGCUGCUAAAGGAGCAGUAUAAGGAGAAUAUAAGUCGGUUCGCAAGAUUCGCUCAAAAGAGACGAUCCUGCAGUUACUUUAUCGGUCUGAAUGAUAACGAGAAGGAUGUGGAGAACGUUGCGAAAUCCUUCGAAAGCUUACCCGCUAUGAACGAGCGUAAUAUGGAGAACCUUAAAGAGACCAUCGACGAUGCUGACGAAGGAAACGGCAAUUUCAGCGACGAUUCGUUGGAAGGUGAUUUCAAGAAUCCGCCCCGACGUUGCGUUAGCGAUUAUCAAAUAAACGUUCACAUGAACGAUUGCGGAAGUUAUACAAAUUAUCAAGAUAUGCAAAAGAGAAUAUUAACCGGUUCUCAAGAGAGCAUACUCUCGGACGCUUCCGUCGAGUCAUUUUCUAAAGGAAGCGCCGAAGUCCUGGAUUACGAUCACGACAGACACUCCAGCGCGAGCUUCUUUCUGUCUCGACGCAGGAUUCAGGAAGGCAGAAGUCAGGAAAGCAUAUUAACUGACGAAUCGGACUAUCAAAAUUUUCCGUUACGCGAAAAUGCCGAUCAUCGGAGCACGGAGAGCGUGUUGACCGAUGACUCGGACUCUAUGGUAAAGUCCGCACCUCUGGAGAUGCUGUUCGACUCGCAUUACAAGAGAAAAAGGCAGAAUUCUGAGACCUAUAGUGGAAAUCCCAACAAUGCGGGUAAUGCUACGGAUGAUGAUACGCAAAGUUUUAUUAAUGAAAACGUAUACAGAACGGUAUUUAGGUCGAAGUCUUUACAGGACACUAGAAUCAGCAAGGAAAGGAACGAUGCAAAUUAUCCGGAGGACAACGCGUUGCUGAAGACUCACCUUUACUGUGAAUUUAAUUUUGACAAUGAACGCAAGAAUGACGGGGAUGCGACGAUCUGCAGCAGAUCGGAAACUGCUCCUAACCUAAGAGUACCCGUGAAACCUACGGAAUCUAUGAUGAUCUUAAAUAAUUUUGUUGCUCACAAACCACCGAAACCUAAGAGAAACUCAUCUCGUACUCAGAGCAUGCGUAAUAGAACUAGACCGACGUGGAAAUACGUUGACACUCCGCCCUCGUCACCUGCUUUGCAAAGUAUCGCCAAUUCUGACAAUUAUACCGAGUAUCAGAUUAUGCAGGACGAUGUGAAGAUGAAGCAAGAUUCGAUUGAUUCGGGAGUAAUACAACAAUUCUUGCAAUCUGCAAAUUUCACAUUGCAAUCUGACGAUAAUAAAAACAAUGAAGGCGAAUUCUACAGUCUACAGACUUGUCAUACCAACAAAAAUAGUACAUUGCGAGACGAACUGAUGUAUGACAAGAACGACUUGUCGCAUUCAACAAAAAAUCAUCACAUAAUGAAGAUACACGAGACAAGGGAGGGACAAUGUACAUCUCAAAACAAGGACCAAGUAAAUUUAUUUGAGAACAAUAUUCCAGCAAAAGAUAUAUACGAAACUUGCGACUCACUGGAGCCCACUGAAGUCACUUGUGACCUGCAAAGAGACAAAUGUCCGCCUACCAACGAAAGUAUCAAUAAUCUUAAUCCAAGUGUGGACCUUCGAAUAACUCGCGCGAUUGAAGGCACCGUGAAACUGCUUUCGCAGGAAUUUGAGAAUCUGAUGAGACAGAAGCAGUACUUGACGAAAACGGAGAGGUGUUUGCGACUGACACACGGGAGUCGUGAGACCAACGAGAAUUUUGCCAAGUUGGAGGCCGAACGUGACGGUAGAUUUUGCGCGAUUAGACGCGAUAUACGGCUUCACUCGUGUGGCGACGACAGUGACUGCGCCGACAUGUCGGCGAUAGACCGAUCGCUGCUGGAGAGCGGCUCCUCCACGUCCGCCUCGAGUUGCACCAAUUCACCCAAGAGAAUGUGGCCGCCCGCGUCGCGGUGCCCAAGUCACACGAAAUGGACGAAAACUCUGCCGACAAUCAGUCAAACGAUACUUUCCACGAAGCAUCCCUAUGCAGCAACAAUAGUUUCAGGAAAGUUAGGAAAUAAAAAUGUAGGCACAACAUUGAGAUUGGGAGGUGCCAAUCUCAGCAACCAGUCCAAAUACGUUUCGGGAAAGAGUCAUUCUACUCAUAUAACAAGAAGCAGCAGUGUUGGUGUUUUAAACCAAAGUGAUUCAGAAUCGGAUGCUGGUAUAACGGGAGGAAGUAGAGGGUGGAGUGGUCAAUCUAACGUCAACAAUAGGACAAGCGGUCUGAUGAGACCAACGAUUAGUUCUCAAAAUAAAAUCAAUCAUCAAAAUAAAACGAGUUCUUCUGGUAAUAAUAUCUCUUCAAUCUUAAGAAGACGAGGAAUGCAAGGAGCUUUCUCAACUGUUAAUCUAAGUCAAGUGGGAAAUCAGGAAGAUUCUAGUUCGGAGGACACUUCGUCAAAUGGAAAACCGGCGCUUCCGCCAAGACCUAGAAGUAUCAGUAUUGAUCAUUCCUCUACUAGCUUUAGUUUACCCGGUACAACGGUGAGAAGAUCUGGAUCUACAAUUAUCGCAAAUGGCCGGAAUAAUACGAACAUGAUUGGACAGAAUGGAAGUAGAAUAUCGGCAGCAAAUAGAAAUCAGUUGGAGCCUAGUCCACAUGAGCUACCAGUUAAAGACACCGAUCGCGCUAUCGAUGUAGCUAGUGUUGAAUUGAGCAUGGAUAAGGCAUUAGUGUCUACACAACUAUGCAACACGAUUGCGGACGAGCUUACACGCACUGCGGACAAUGUUGUGCAAUUGUACAAACGUUUAACGAUAGACAAUGACGAUAACCCCUCCAGAGGGGCGAUCGACCGAGACACGAUGCUACGUGGAUUGGAAUCGUCCGUUAAUGAAACUAUGCGUACUCUGCGACUAGUCGUUGCCGGUGGUGAGAACGAUAAUAGCGGUAACAGCAUCGUCGUUAACGAGGCAACGGCGAAGUUUCAAGAAUUACUCGCGGGUCAAGAUCAGGGCAAAAUGGUCAAUAUGAUGCAGCAAUAUUCCGAGCUGCUCUUAACCAUGAUGCAACAGAGGAUGGGAGGCACUCAAUCAAGUCAAACGUAAAUCCGUCCAUCUGAGAAUUGAAGAGAAACAUGAUCAUAUUUAAUGUGCCGAUGUAUUUGCAAGAUAAUAUAAAGAAUGUAUCACAUAAUACCAAUAGCGCAGAAUAUUCCAGCAAUGUUGCAAUGACACUACAAUAUUGCUGAAAUGUUAUAUUCUCUGCUGUAUGAAUACGUCUCCAUAUUGUACGGAACAUUUCAGUAAUAUUACAGUAACAUUGCAACAUUUCAACAAUAUUGCAGAGAUGUUGCAAAGUUGCUGCAAUAUUUUUGGAAUGUUCUAUGCUGUAUAGACUGUUUUAGACAAAUAUUGUAUUGGUAAUUUAUUUUUUUUUACACAGCUCAAAAUAUUCCAGGAAUGUUGCGGCAACUUUAUAAUGUUUCUGCAAUAUUAUCGAAAUUUUGCAAUAUUGUUACAAUAUUAUAUUAUUUUCUAUACUAUAGGGUCUUUGAUUUGGAAAUUUAAAUAUGUUUCGCUUUACGAAAAUGAAAAAUAUAUGUUCUCGCACGUGAAAACUGUGUACAUAUUAUGCAAAAUUUUUUUCUCUUUAUGUCAAUUAUUGAUGGUAUCCGCUUUUGUGAUUAAUUUUUAAAUUCGAUAUAAGAUGAAUUAAUGUUGAGCAUUAUUAAUAUAAUAUGACAUAUAUCAUCGUGAAUAUCCGUUUUCAUCGUUUUUAUAUAUCUAGGAGGUAUGAGAUAUAAACGAUUAUUGUCUAACAGAUACUGGAAUUAGUCUAUGCCAUCUAUGCCAAUCGCGUUCACCUAGACAAAUCGCAAAAUGGACAAGUAAAGACGAAGUAAAUAUUGUAGGUCGUUUAAUCGUAUACAAAGCUGAUUCCCAUAUAGCACAGACAUUCCGGCAAUGUUGUAACUUUACAACAUUUUUAUGUAAUUGCUGAAAUGUUAUAUUGUAUUCUGUGCUGUAUGAGUUGCAGUAACUUCAUUCAUUUGUAUUUUGAAGCCAUACACCAUGAAAUGCCAAUUAACUAAAGACUAAAAUAGAAUAGUUUUCAAACAUACACAUAUACAGGAUAUUUCUAAGGUUUAUUACUAUCUACUUUUUCGGAAAUUGUUCAAAAUGAUAAAAACUCACAAAAUACGUAUUAUUCUGAGAAACACUCUUUUAAGAGCGUUGUGGAAGUUUCCCUCUCUUCUUUUUCCACAAGUAGGCCCUAGGAAAACCCUAACUCAAAAAUUUUUAAUGGAACCAUGUUGUACAUCAUUUAAAAGGACAUAAAAAAAAUUUCUAAUGCAAAGUGGAGUUUGAUACGUUCUCUUGUUCGGAAGUUAUUUAAAAUUAAAGUUUGGAAAAGGUAAAAAAAUUAUCAAAUAAUUGUUGCUAUUAUUUAGAAAAUUCUAGAAAAACAUUUAAGAUGAAAAAUUGUUCGUCUUUUUAAAUUUUUCCUAUUGUAGACAAAACCCUGCAUGUUUGAAAUAUAGAGUGGAAAUAGAUUUUAGAGAUACCUUGUAUACAUACAUGCGUAUACGCGCGCGCGCACACACACACCACAUUUCGAUAUAUUGAACGAUAUUAAUAUAAUAAUAUAUUAACAUAAUAAUAUUAAUACAUUACUAUUAUAAUGAUAAUAGUGCUCUUAUUAUGUAACCAAAGGUUAUCUAUAUCAACGGUCUAAAGAAGGAACAUCCCCUUUUCCUUCGCUAUUAAAGCUUCGCGCAAAAAGUAAAAAAAAAAUACGCAACAAAGCUUGCCAGUAUAAAAGUCUAACUACAUAGUCAUCACAUUAAGUAUCAAAUCGGGUUGCAUUUGAGUCUAACAAUGAUAAAGAUUUGGCAAUAUUUUAAUGGAAUUUUAUAUUACGAAAUACAAACUAUGAAAUCACAUUAUUUUAUUUAGGAUUAUUAAUUAUAGUUAUCUAUUGAGACUAUAAAUUAUAAUUUUAAUAUAAAGAUAUUUGAAACCUCUUUUAAUAAUAGACUGCAAUGUUAAUGAAAGUUAAUAAUUGAUACUUAUAACGAUACUAUCCUAUGAUGCGUAUUUCAUCACAGAAAUCAAUAUGCUUGCAUAUUUUUUCACACAAACAUAGUAAGAAAAGUUGUAAUUCCAGUCAUUUUAAAUUAUGCACAAUAUUUAAAAAAUAAUGUAUGCCCCAAUGAAUUUUGUGGAAUUAUGUGGAAUAAUCAACGUAUUAAAAAUUAUCAAUACUUUAUAUUUGUAACAAUUAUAAUAUUCCCUUUUUCGAUUGUUACACAUAUCGUGUCUUAUCAUAAUUACUGUUUUUUGUAAAAUUCUAUUUAAUACAUAAUGGGUGCCAUUUAAGUUAAAAUGAUGAUCGUUCAAUAGUAUAUAUUAUGUUUGUGUAUUAACCCUUUUGCUACAAUGAGCGACUAUAGUUGCUCUCCAUAAGAUGCCAUUCAUAUAUAUACAAAUAUCCUCAUUUAAAGAAAGUCUUUUUCUUCCAAAAAGCAUCGUUAAAGCAACUUUUGUAGGUGUAAAACGUAAAUUCGAUCACUUACGACUGUCUGUGCGUAAUGUAUACACUUUUGGCGCCCCGACUUGUUCAGCGGGAGCAUCUCAACGAAAAGAACGCUUGUAGUGAAAGGGUUUAUCGCUUACAAAGAUAUCGUUAAUGUCCUUUAUAAUUAUCUGAGUCACAUUUGUAACACUAUGUUAUGGUGAUUGUAAAUCGGUAUUGUGAAACUUACUGGAUAUAAAAUAAGUGACACCAACUAUUUUUUUCUUGUAUACAAAUACGCGAAUACUUCCUUUAAUUUAUAAUAGAGAAAACAAAAAUUUCAAUCAGAUCAUUUAAUUUCUAAAUGAUACGCUAUAUUAUUGUAUCGAUUAUAUUUAAUCGAGACUAAAAUAAUACUAGAAAUUAGAGUAUUUUGUAAUUAGCAUCAACAUUUUUAACGUUAUUUAUUAGUAUGGGAAAGCAUAGGUAGAUAUCAUAAAUACAAUAUGGAAUCUCAUUGCAUGUAUGAUGAUGAUUAACUAGCGCUAUGCGAUAAAAAAUCACCGAAUUAUCUCGCUCUUUUCGUCGUAAUUAAUUAAACGCAUAUAUAAUUUCAGAUUGUUUAAUCAUAAUGGCUUUGUACACUAUUGUAUUUGUUGCGAUAAGCUAAUAGUUAUUGUUAUCAAUUAUGUAAUAUUAUAUUGCUUCUGUAAUGUGUAAAUAUUUAUUCAAAAUUAAUAACAUAAUAGAGUUAAUAUUUGAUAUUGUAAGUGCCAAAUAAUUAUGUCGCAAACAAUGUAAUUUAGCCAUUUCAUUUUGUAUAUUGUGUUAAUAUUAUAAAGUAAAAUUUUUGAUUAUCGUUAAA